UCAUUCGUCCUUUGGCCCUUAACCAGAGCGCAGUUGUGCGAGUUCUCGACCUUCGUCUGAGUUGAUAGAAGCUGUCCUUUAUCAGAAUCGAUCCGUUUGAUUGACGUGCAAAAAUUAGGCGUGAGUCCCAGGUUUAUCGACGAGCUGUACGUUCGCUACUGAAGUGCUAAACAUUCCGCCCGAAUUGUCUGCAGAAAUACGAUAGACGCCCCUAUCUAGGUGUUUGUUGCUGGCUCCACCGCGAGAAGGCGAAGGCAUGGAUGAAACGAACAGGAACAGUGCGAAGCUAGAUAUCGAAGCGGCCAGACUACAGUCUGCCGCGGUGGACAAAGACAAACAGGACCACGAUACCAAGGAAUCGUACAAGAAACUCUCGGAGGCGGAAGUCGAGCAACGUGCCAACAAAGCACCAGAUUCGACGGUACAGGUACCAGUCGCAGCAAUUCCGGACGGGAACGGUUCCGCAAUGGUGCGCGAAAACGGCAACUGCAAAGAUGGCGAGGACGAGCGUAUGCUCAACGGAGGUGGCGGCGAUGCCGAGAAGGACAAACUGACCCAGAAAGACGUCGAGGUGAAAUUUGUUUCCGAGAAAAAUGGAGACGCCCGGAUCGAUAUGGAGGUGGAGAGCCAGCAAACCUUCUCCGGGAUGACCAAGGAAGAGCUGAUGAAGUUCGCCAACGAUCCGUUCUGGGUGCGGCUCCGCUGGUUCCUGUUCGUACUGUUCUGGGGUCUGUGGGUCGCCAUGCUGCUGGGGGCGGUCUACAUCAUCAUGGAUGCGCCCAAGUGUGCAGCUCCGGUACCGCUAACCUGGUUCCAGGAGGGCCCCCUGGUGACCAUCGACGAACACAACUACAAGGAGCACGCCGAUACGUUGAAAAAGUUCGGAGCCAAGGGCGUCAUUUACGAGCUGCCGGCCGAUGAAACCUACUUCGUCAAUACGCCCGCAGUUGAGAGCAAGAUCAAACAGCUGGUCGAAACGUUCAACGCCAAGGACAUCAAGGUCGUCCUGGAUCUGACGCCCAACUUCGUCACCAAGGACGAUCAGUUGUUCAAGGAUGCCCUGGAGGGUGCCGAUCCCGCCUCGCGAUCCGCUUUCAUCUGGAAACAGGCUGGCACACCCCCCACCAACUGGCUUGCCGUAUCGGGCGGUUCUGCAUGGCAGGAAGUCUCGACCCAGCAGUUCGUGCUGGCCCAGUUCGGUGCGCAACGAUACGAUCUGCAACUCAGCGACCCACUGGCCAAGGAUAAACUCAAGACCACCCUGCGCCAUCUUGCGACGCUUGGAGUACGUGGUUUCCGUUUGGCUAACGCCAAACACUUCAUCGUGGAUCAGGAUGGAAAGGACGACGUUAUUGCCGAAGUCAACAACAAGGGCGUCGAUCUUACACAGUACGGAUUCUGGACACACUCGCAUACCACCUACCAGGAAGGCUUGGGAGCUUUGCUGCAAGAACUGGUCCUGGAGGUCCAGAACGCUACCAACAGCGAGGGCUUCCUCUCGGUAAGUGACGACAUUGUCCGCCCGGAGGCGUUCACCGUCGGCAACACCCUGGGAGUAGAUCUCCCUCAGUAUGGAGACCUCGAAAAUGUCUUGCGACAACCGAUCGAAGCGGACUCAGCCAAGAAGAUCCGAGAUGACAUUGCCAAGACCUACAACGAAAUCAAGGGCUACCUGUCCCCGACCGGUGGAAAGCCGUGGAUCCAAUGGCCAUACCAAUUGGACUCGCUGGCCAAUGUGGCGGCAUCAGAGUACAACACUUUCUUGUUCCUGCUUCCGGGCGUCCCAGUAGUUCCACUGGAGGUCUUGAACUUUGGCAACUCAAGUCUAUCGUUGAUUGAACACUUGGAAAAGUAUCGUACUACACCAUCGUACCAACAUGGAACAUUUGGCAUUGCCAUUGAUGCCAAUGGAACCUCCGUUGGUUACACGCGGCAAAAAUCCGGCAACCCGGGUUACUUCGUCGCGCUGAAUCUGGCCGAUCAGCCCGUCCAAGCGGACUUCAGCGAUGUCGAGGGCAUCGCCGAAGAGCUGACGGUCGUUCUCACCAGUGAGAACUAUCAGGUGGCGGACGUUGCCGCCAAGAGCAAGGUACCGUCCAAGGCGGUACCGCUGUCCGCCCGGUCGGCUUUGGUCACCACCUACGUUCCCAAGUAAGCAGGAUGAUGGACAGAGGACAGCUGCACGACACGGUAGUCUCCCGGUUCCAGCUUUGGAGUGAAAAAGAUAAUAAGCUAUCGCAAAUUUGAAAACAUAAAUUAUUGGGAAUACAUAGAAAAGAAUAUAUUGCUUUGCAUCCAAUUAGCAAGCAUUUAUUAUUGAAUAACCAUACUGAAUGUAGUGGUCAAUGCAAAAAAUCACAAUAAUGAAGCAUAAGAAAAA